AUGGCGGACUUCGAACUUCAAAUUGACUCAACAAUGAGUUCUUCCCCACAGCACUCUGGCCCUGCAGCUAGACCGGUCCAGUUCCACGACAUACCUCCUGAAGUUCGACUCAAAAUAUACCGUCACUUCAUUCCAAACAAUGAAAUCGUCCAUAUAGACCUCCCAAGUGCCUGUCCCAAGAAAUAUGAUGACGGCUUCGAAGGAGCCUUUUUAGGGUUUCGCCGUCGUGAGUGGUGGGACGAGGGAUGGGGGUGGAUAAAGUCGCUCGAUCCCGAUAACCUCCACUGGUCCAAAAUCAACGCAACCAACAAAAACGGAAUUUUCUGUGUGUCAAAGACAAUCAGCGAGGAAGCACUUGGCGUUCUAUAUGGCGAGAACAUAUUCGAAGUUGAUCUAAUGUACUACGAGAGAUUCAUCCCAUUCGAGACUCUUUCCAAGGCCUUGACGAGGAGGAUCAAGAAGUUGAAAAUAGUUGCGCACGCGGACGAGAAAAUCUCCUAUCAAAACUGGAUCCUGAACCAAAGUCUCUGGGCCACAGUCUUUCAAGAUUUGACCAAUUUUUAUUUCGAAGUACAAACGAGUGACCGACCCCAAGACUGGUACGUAGGGCUUGAAACCUGGACGAGCGAAAAGCAGGAAUGGCAUGACUCUGUAUGGUGCUUUGAACUUACUUCUUGCUUCAAGUACUUGCAAGGUUGUGAGGUCAUGCUGACCGUAGAGCAAAGUCCUGAUAAACGGGUUGGAGACUUUGUCGAAAAGAGCUUACCCAGGGGCUAUCGAAAGUUUGAAGGGGAUACUCCAGGAAAUGGUAUCUUCAAGUGGAAAUUGGGCUUUAUUGAGCCGGGCGCCAUUUUUGGAACAUCGCCAAGUGGCGAUUAUUUGUGUGGAUCGGGUCAGAUUGAUGGGGAGGGUGAAGAUGGAGUUUUGGAAGAAGUGCAAGGAUAAAAAGAGGCUUCACGUAAACAGUAACCAGAUAAUUGAAUAUUUGGCGGCCAUCUGAAUAAGAG